GGCUGGGCGGCGGCGGCGGCGGCGGCGGCGGCGGCGGCAGCAGCAGCGGCGGCGGCAGGGGUCGAGAACCCGGCCUGAGCUUCGCCGGCAGCAGCGCUAGCUGGCCGCUGGCCACCAUGUCGGCGCCGUCGGAGGAGGAGGAGUACGCUCGGCUGGUGAUGGAGGCGCAGCCCGAGUGGCUGCGUGCCGAAGUGAAGCGGCUGUCGCACGAGCUGGCCGAGACCACGCGCGAAAAGAUCCAGGCGGCCGAGUACGGGCUGGCGGUGCUGGAGGAGAAGCACCAGCUCAAGCUGCAGUUCGAGGAGCUCGAGGUGGACUACGAGGCCAUCCGCGGCGAGCUGGAGCAGCUCAAGGAGGCGUUUGGACAGGCGCACACGAACCACAAGAAGGUGGCCGCGGAUGGUGAGAGCCGGGAGGAGAGUCUGAUCCAGGAGUCAGCCUCCAAGGAGCAGUACUACGUGCGAAAGGUGCUGGAGCUGCAGACGGAGCUGAAGCAGCUGCGGAACGUGCUCACCAACACACAGUCGGAGAAUGAGCGCCUGGCAUCCGUGGCGCAGGAGCUGAAGGAGAUCAACCAGAAUGUGGAGACCCAGCGUGGCCGCCUGCGGGAUGACAUUAAGGAGUACAAGUUCCGCGAGGCUCGCCUGCUGCAGGACUACUCGGAGCUGGAGGAGGAGAAUAUCAGCCUGCAGAAGCAGGUGUCUGUGCUUAGGCAGAACCAGGUGGAGUUUGAGGGCCUCAAGCACGAGAUCAAGCGUCUGGAGGAGGAGACCGAGUACCUCAACAGCCAGCUGGAGGAUGCCAUCAGGCUCAAGGAGAUCUCGGAGCGGCAGCUGGAGGAGGCGCUGGAGACCCUAAAGACAGAGCGGGAGCAGAAGCUCAGCCUCCGCAAGGAGCUGUCACACUACAUGAGCAUCAACGACUCUCUCUACACCAGCCACCUGCAUGUCUCCCUGGAUGGCCUCAAGCUCGGUGACGACACAGAGGCCCUGGCCAAUGGCUUCGAACAUGCCAGCCUGGCCAAGCUGCCGCUGGACAACCGGACCUCCACACCCUCCAAGGACGGUCUCGCCCCGCCCUCCCCCAGCCUGGUGUCUGACCUCCUCAGCGAGCUCAACAUCUCUGAGAUCCAGAAGCUGAAGCAGCAGCUGAUGCAGAUGGAGCGGGAGAAGGUGGGCCUGCUGGCGUCACUGCAGGACACACAGAAGCAGCUGGAGCAGGCGCGGGGGGCCCUUUCGGAGCAGCGCGAGGAAGUGAGCCGCCUCACAGAGAACCUCACCGCCCUGCGGCGCUUGCAGGCCAGCAAGGAGCGGCGGACAGCCCUGGACAGCGAGAAGGAGCGUGACAGCCAUGAGGACGGGGACUACUAUGAGGUGGACAUCAAUGGGCCUGAGAUCUUGGCUUGCAAGUAUCGUGUGGCCCUGGCAGAGGCAGGUGAGCUCCGCGAGCAGCUGAAAGCCCUGCGUGGUGAGCAUGAGGCCGGUGAGGCCCGGCAUGCUGAGGAGAAGGGCCGCCACGAGGCUGAGAGCCAGGCGCUCACUGAGAAGGUCUCCCUGCUAGAGAAGGCCAGCCGCCAGGAUCACGAGCUGCUGGCCCGGCUGCAGGCAGAGCUGAAGAAGGUGAGUGAUGUUGCGGGUGAGACACAGGGCAGCCUGAGCGUGGCCCAGGACGAGCUGGUGACCUUCAGUGAAGAGCUGGCCAACCUGUACCACCAUGUGUGCAUGUGCAACAAUGAGACUCCCACUCGCGUCGUGCUGGACUACUACCGAGAGGGCCCGGCUGGCGCUGGCCACUGCAGCCCUGAAGCCCGUGGACGCCGCUCACCCGUCCUACCCAAAGGGCCGCCAGCCACGGAAGGUGGGGCGGGGGACAGCAGCCCCUCGCCCAGCCCCUCUCUGCCCUCCCCUCUGAGUGACCCACGCCGGGAGCCCAUGAACAUCUAUAACCUGAUCGCCAUCAUCCGCGACCAGAUCAGGCAUCUGCAGGCGGCUGUGGACCGCACCACGGAGCUGUCGCGGCAGCGCCUGGCCUCCCAGGAGCUGGGCCCUGCUGCAGACAAGGACCGGGAGGCACUCAUGGAGGAGAUCCUCAAGCUGAAGUCACUGCUGAGCACCAAGCGGGAGCAGAUCACCACGCUGCGCACGGUGCUCAAGGCGAACAAGCAGACAGCGGAGGUGGCUCUGGCCAAUCUGAAGAGCAAGUACGAGAACGAGAAGGCCAUGGUGACCGAGACCAUGAUGAAACUGCGUAACGAGCUGAAGGCCCUGAAGGAAGAUGCGGCCACCUUCUCCUCCCUGCGAGCCAUGUUUGCUACCAGGUGUGACGAGUACAUCACACAGCUGGAUGAGAUGCAGCGGCAGCUGGCGGCCGCAGAGGACGAGAAGAAGACACUCAACUCCCUGCUGCGCAUGGCCAUCCAGCAGAAGCUGGCACUCACCCAGCGGCUGGAACUGCUCGAGCUGGACCACGAGCAGACCCGGCGGGGUCGCGCCAAGGCCACCUCCAAGGCCAAGUCAGGCACCCCGAGCGUAAGUCACACCUGCGCCUGUGCCAGCGACAGGGCCGAGGGUGCCGGGCUUACCAACCAGGUGCUCUGUGGCGAGAAGUAUAACAUUUACUGCGAUUAGGGUCACGGGGGCCGCAGCUGCAGCUACCCUACCGCACGUCACCCUCUGCUUCACCUCCACUAACCCAGCAGCAGUGGGACCGCGGUGCUAGGCUGGUCUUAACCGUGACUAAUGCACAGAGGGAAGGACUUGGCCGAGGCGGUGUGCUCUUCCACCUGGACCCUGUGAUUUCUGUGUCUGUCCUCAGCCCUUGGGACCCCUCCUGGCAGCCACUCUCCUGGUGGGGAGAGGGGUCACAGGGGUCAGAGCCGCGUGGCUUCCCGGGGCCCAUGCGCCGUUGGCUCCUGUGGGGUGUGGGGGGUGGACAGAGCCUGAGAGGAAACUUGCAUGUUCCCUGCAUGUGUGUAAUGCAGCCCUGGUGCCAGAAGCAGUGUUAGGGGCCCCGGCCAGAGAGCCGGGCACAGUUUACAGAGAGGAUUCCUUUGCAGUUUGUGUGGCAUCUCACUGCACAUUGUGUUUGGGACACAAGUCCACAGUCCUCCCCACACCCCAAGCCCCGCAUCCUCCCGCCCAGGCACACAUGCACACAGCACUACUCCUGCUCGCGUGGUGCACAGGUGCCUAGGCACCCAGGUCCCGAACUCAGCAGGUGCAGCCUCCCUGAGAUCGCACACCCGUCAGGUGGCCUGCGGGGUGACGCACUGGCAGGACCAAGGCCUAGGGUUUUCUCAUGAGAAAACCUUUGUAAGUGCCUGGCCAGACCCUAUCCUCGCAGGAAGCCCGUCCCUUCAUAGGUAGGGUGUCCCUGGCCAUCCGGGGGUGGGGGGAAGGGCUCUUCACCCUCUACCUACCAUCAGACCACCCGAAAUAGGGCUCUGGACACCCCCAGUGAGGGGCUAAAAUGAGGGACUCCCACAUCUGUAGCCAGAGCCUCGCCCAGGGCAGGAAGGGAUCCUUGACAGCAACACAGACCUGGAGGUGGGGACAGGCAGCAAAAGCAGCUGGACACCCCAUCCCCAGAGGCUGCAUCAGACAGAAGCAGGACUUCUCAGUAUUUCUCUCCCUGUGGCCCUGUGGGGGUUAGAGGAAUAAAGCUGCAGUCAUUUCCCUGAAGAGCCCUGUGGCCAGAGGGCAUCACGCAGCCCCUCACCCCACUCCCCCUUUGGGCCCCACCAGCUUCCAGGUGCAGUUCCAACCGCCUUGGCUUUGGCUGACCAGCAGUCAAGAGAUGCGGGCCAGGUCGCGCCUGUCCCCAGCUCUGUACUGCUUUGCUGAUGGGAUGUCAGGUCUCAGAUGCCCCCACCCCCUGGAGGGGUAGGCCGACCCCUCUGCAAGCAGGUCUUCCGGGGGCAUGGCUGCCCGCUGGCCCCGCACGCCGCUUCUGCCCUCUGCCCAGCCUGGCUGCAGCUUCUCUCCAUACCUGCAGGCGUCUUCCCGAGGCAUCCGGGGCUGGCGGCCCCUCCUAACACAUGCGGGUCUUCUCUGCCGCCAACUAACGCACCACAUCCUGCCCAGCCAGAGCUUCGGUUGUCUGACUGGUGCCAGUUCUAACGCUGUCUUGUUUUCUCCCGUUUUCAGCUGUAGAGUAGCUGCCGGGAGGACUCGGCCGCGGCCCUGUCACGCUGCAGCCCCUCCCCCUCCCGUGGGCCCACGCAGAGGAAGGAAGGGCAGCCCAAAAGUCCACUUAGAAACGUGUUUGGAUAUGCCACUGCAGUUCUUUCCAAAUUAGCAUUCCCUGAGUGUUUAAUGGCAGAGGAAAAAAAGCUUUAAUUGAGAAUGCCGCCAGCUGCUGCCUGGAAGGCCUUUGUGCCGCGCUGAAGAACCUGCUUGGACAGCGGCCAUCAGGCUCGCUUAGAAACCCGCUAGAAACGCUCAACACUGGGGUCUCCCUGUUACAGAUACCCUUUUUUAUCUGAUCAACCUGUGCACUUUUGAUAUUUUGAUAUUAUAUUUGCUUCCUUAAUCCCCCCAUAGAGACGGUCUCAGAUGCCGUGGUCUGUCUCGUGGUCCUGUAGCGCUCCACUUAGCUCCCGCCGUGUUGAUCUGACAUCAGCACGGGGCCCGGAUGUGUUUUCCUAGCAUAUAGCUCUAGGUUUAGGUGAAGGCCUCGACCCGGCAAAGAGCUCGGCGAAACGCAUCCACGCUGUGGUUCAGCAGCCUUUUAGGUCAAACGGCAUUAUGGUUCACGUUUGAAAUUACAGAUUUUAAAUGCCAUGUUCAUUAAGAAAUCCAGGGUAUUCCGAUUCUGGGGUUUUUCAUAUUGUAUUAUUAUUAUUCUUAGGAAUAGUUCAAUGUAACAAGAAGAAAACUUGACCUUUGCUCUGGUUAAACAGUAAUAGGCACUUGAAAACAAAAAAUAAAUUAUUGAGUGAGUAGUAUUACCUACAAAUUCCAGAAUCUUCUGGGUUUUAGGACAUUGGGAAGCAUGACUGAUUAACAGAAUUUUAUACAACUGUACCAGUGAAAUUCCAAAUUGGAAUUGUUUUGUUACUCUGGUUUUUGUGCCAGAUUGUGGUACACUUAGAAAAUCCUACAGCCGUCAAUUUUCAGGGUGUUCUGUUUCAACGCCUUUUUGUUAGUAAUUAAUCAUCGCCAGCAGUGCCUUCAUCAGUGAAGGGAGGUGUCCCAGCACAGGGUGAGCUCUAAAUGGACAGUGCAGAGCUAGACGGGGAUGUUGAAGGCCAAUCUGGAGCAGCAGGUGUGAACAGGCGCACGCCUUCACGCCGGAACCUGGGCAUCUUCAUCGAGGGAAAGAAAACAGCAAUUGUGCAAAAUUCUGUUAGUCAGUGAUUCUUUACCGUGUGGAUCCUUGCAAAUUCAGGAGCUGAGAAAAGGAAAGUGAACACACGCCCGCCGUGUGUGCUUUGGGAACCAAAUGGACCUGUGGGACAAGCUGAGCAAGUGGUGUGAACAGCAAUACCACGUUUGUGAAGAGCGGGGGGCGGGGCGCCGGCAGGGGCUGCCACAGCGUUCUUUGCAGAUGUGAGGGAGAGACGUUCUAUAUUCUCUUGCUUGGUGUAACUAAUCACUGUUAGUUUCAGGAAACAGAACUCGAUAAAGCCCCCGGGCAAUCCCGGGCUGUAUCCCGUGGGGUUUGCUGAGUGAGGUGGUGCCUCGGGUAAAAUUGGUACUCAGGGAGGAAGAGCACAUCCUCCCCUCCUCCAAAAUAAAGGACAAAUUACAAUAAUAUAAAAGUAGCAAGAAUAAAAGAAUUCUGUUUCCUGGAAUAAACAUUUCUUAUUCCUAGUUCUAGGGGCCCCUGUUCUCACCUUCUGUUACAGCGUUGAUUCAUAAGAAAUAAUGUUACAUUUAUGAUAACUUCAUCUGUAUGGGGUAUUUAUUUGCAAUGACGUCUGAGUACUGUAUUUUUUUCUGUGCAUUAUCUUAGUGUCAGAAUGUUGUCUUUAUUUUAAGAUCAUAUGCAUGUUCUCCUGCCAAGGAACCUUUACACAGACAUAAACAAACAUCCUUCAGAUUCUGAGAAAGUGAGGCAGAGCAUGGAAAGGAGUAGGAAGGAGCAUUUGGUCUCGACUUGGGACAUAGCCGUGUGGCACAGAUGUCUGCAAAGCCAGUGCACAUAGGAACCGUGGGCCUGGUAAGGGUCACGUUGGUAGGACCAAUAAAUAAAGAAUAAUACAAAAGCACAA